GGAGCUGAGGGGGGCGGCGCCCGCGAUCGGGCCCGGGCUCCCUGCACUAGGCUGGGGGCGGCUGCAGCCUCUGCUGGCGAUUCUCCCUGCUGGCAUAGAGGGGCUGGGGGCUGGGCACUGCCCUCUGUCCGUCCCCCCCCCCCCCCAGCAAUGGGGCCUCCCCGGAUCCCCGCCCGGGCACAGCCUCCCUGCCCCCCAGGGCCUGGCACUCCCCAAGGACAGGGAUACUGCCAUGGGAGACGCCUGUCUCCUUCCCCCUCCACCCCAGCAGGACCCCACCCACCCAGGCUGCCCUGGCUUCCUGGAUGGAAGAGUCCCGGGUCGCAGCCCCACAGGGCUGAGAGGAUGGGCAGAUGCGUCUGGGUUAACUGGCUCCAGUGUGGUGCCCAAGUGCCAUGAGAUUAACCCCUGAACAGACGGCCAGGGGUAGCGGUGAGCUUGGAGUCUCCAAAUGCAGCCUGGCUGCCUUCCUGGAGGCCCCAUUCAGGUAAAACCAAAGCAACCUCUGGUCAAGCGUGAGGCCGGACGGGGCCAUGGGACCAGCUCAUCCGGCCUGGCACGUGGAGUGGAAAGUGGGGAGGUUUGGACUGGCCUUAACUCCCUGGGGCUGGGCAUUUCCCAGCCUGGGACAGUCCCCGAGAGCUCGGCUGCCAGUGUACCUGCGGCCCUGGAUGCUGCUCCCUGGAGAUUCCCCAGGCUCUGACGCUGUUAUUUCUCGACAGGCGUCUCCCAGCCUCUGUAGGGUGGCUGCCUUGGUGGCACAUCGGGGAGCAGCUCGGCUGCCCUCAACUCCCGGAUGGAGCGCGGGGAGGAGCUGUGGGUUCCGGAUUCCCAGGGCCGUGAGGAAGGAGAGAUGCCACGUGAUGCCAGUCCAGCAGAUGAUCAGGCGAGCGAGGCAGGGGCUGCCCAGGUGGACGGGGCACCCAAAGGAGCCCAGCUGGACAUUUGCCAGCGCUCGGAGCGGGUCAGGAGCCUGCGCCAGUCAGGAAGGAGAAGCGGUGCUGGGCAGCAGCCGGAGACCCCCACCAAGCCCGUCCCCCAGCCCCGAGAUGCUCAGCAGCGCUACGUGUGUGCCGAAUGUGGCCGCGGCUUCGCCGUGAGCGCCCGCCUAGUGAAGCACGAGCGGACCCACACCGGGGAGCGCCCCUUUGCCUGUGCCGAGUGUGGCAAGCGCUUCACCCAGAACGCCAACCUGGUGCAGCACCGCCGCACCCACACCGGGGAGCGCCCCUUCCGCUGCGGCGACUGUGACCGGCGCUUCGGCACCAAAGCCGACCUGGCCCGGCACCGCCAGUCCCACACCGGGGAGCGCCCCUUCCGCUGCGCCGAGUGCGGCCGGGGCUUCAGCCAGAGCUCCAACCUGCUGCGCCACCAGCGCUCCCACACCGGUGAGCGCCCCUUCGCCUGCCAGGACUGUGGGGCUGCCUUCGCCCGCAACGCCCAUCUGGCGGCCCACUGCCGCACCCAUACUGGCGAGCGUCCCUUCCGCUGCGGGCAGUGCCGGGAGCGCUUCGCCCAGGCCACCGCACUGAUCCAGCACCGCCGGCUGCACACAGGCGAGCGCCCCUUCGAGUGCUCCGACUGCGGCAAGGGCUUCACCCGGGCCGCCACCCUGCAGCAUCACCAGCGCCUGCACGCCGGCCAGCGCCCCUUCCCCUGCCGGGACUGCGGGGCCACCUUCGCUGCCCAUGCCACCCUCCGCCAGCACCGCCGCAGGCACUCCGGGGAGGCACCCUUCCGCUGCGCUGAGUGCGGGCGCUGCUUCGCCGUCAGCUCCGCGCUGCUCCGGCACCAGCACGUCCACACUGGGGAGCGGCCCUUCACCUGCCACGAGUGCGGCACCGGCUUCAGCCAGAGCUCGGCGCUCGUCCGCCACCAGAGACUCCAUGACUAGUGCCUGGUGCUCCCGGGCCCGGCAGCAGCAAGCCAGCGUGUGACCCCUGGUGGGAGGGGGAGGUUCUGGGCCCUGGUGGGAGAAGGGUGCCACAGGGGGCCCCAUGCGAGUGGGUGAGGGGAAGGUGGUCUGCAGAGGUGGGUUAAUUCAGCUGGAAUAAAUGAGCCCACAGGGUCUGCGGUGUUAACGGGACCCCAUCGCUGCCCAGUGCUAAGCAGUUCCACUCGGUUCGGGAUUUCCGUCCAGAGACCCCGGCUUGCUGAGCCCAUGGCUGAUGUCCCAGCGAACAUCUCCUUAGCCUUCGAUUAAAGCUACCGAAAAGAGCGCUAA